AUGAAUCUCUUUCGGCUAUUAGCCGAUUUCUCCCACCUGGCGUCGAUCUUCAUGCUGCUCCAGAAGAUGAAGACCUCGAGCAGCUGUUCCGGGUUGUCGUUCAAGUCGCAAGUGCUUUAUCUCCUCGUGUUCGUCACUCGUUAUCUUGACCUUUUCUGGACUUUCACCGAAUCUCUCUACCUCACAACAUUCAAACUUUUGUUCAUCGGCUCCUCCGCCUACGUGAUCUACCUCAUGCUCAACGACUACAAGCCAACGCAUGACCCCAACAUCGAUACUUUCAAGGUCCAAUACCUGCUGGGUAUUAGCGCCGUGCUCGCGAUUCUUUUCCCACACGACUACCGAGUUUCCGAGAUCCUCUGGACCUUUUCGAUCUGGCUGGAAUCAGUCGCUAUCUUGCCGCAGCUCUUCAUGCUUCAACGAACUGGGGAGGCGGACACGAUUACCACCCACUAUCUGUUUGCUCUGGGCCUAUACCGGGCACUCUACAUCCCCAACUGGAUGUUCCGAUACUUCACCGAGGCUUCGUUCCAACGUUCCUUCCAGCCUGUUCCCAUUCUUGCAGGUAUCAUCCAAACCCUGCUUUACUCCGACUUUUUCUAUAUCUAUUACAAUAAGUAA